AUGUAUGAGCAUAGGCUGCUUCUCCAUGAGCUGCGUCAUCUCCAAUCUUUAGCUCUUCCUCAGAUAUUCAAAGGGGAUACAACCCUGAUGACGACAAGAAUAAUGGAUGUUGCCCUUCCAACCUCGUAUAAAACUAGUACCUUCGAAUUGCUUCAGAAACUGGACUCUGCCUUUUUCGCCAUAGAAGGCACCUUGGGGGUCGGGACUGGGAGAGAAACAUGA